AUGGAGAGUUGGUUUUUAAGCAAGCAUGCACCAUGGUUGUGUGGGUUUUUUGUAUGCAUGAUGAUGCUACCAAUUUUCAUGAUUGGACAGACACAAGGUGUUUGUACAGAAGAAGAAAGAAAGGCACUCCUAAAUAUCAAAGCCUCCUUGAAUGAUUUUUGCUACAAAUAUGAUGUGGGCAUUAUUAAUCUUCUUCCCACUUGGGUUGAUCAUGGAAAUACCGGCGGCAGUAGACGCAAUGAAUGUUGUAAUUGGGAGAGAGUCAAGUGUAACAUGACCACCGGGCAUGUAACAUACCUGUCUUUGGGAAACAUGAUUGCUAAAAACGCCUACAUGGAUGAUAGAAUAUGGUCGUUAAAUGUUUCUCUCUUUCUUCAUUUUAAAGAACUGAGAAGUCUCGAUUUGUCAUUAAAUCAUCUUGACGACACGAUACUUAGCACAGGACUUGAAAGGUUGUCGAGUUUGAAAAAGCUGGAGACAUUCAAUCUUAGUUAUAAUAGUAUCGGAAGCGGCCUCUUUCCUUCAUUAGGUGGAAUCACCUCACUCAAAAUUUUGGAUAUGAGUUACACUGCAAAAGACUACAAUCCGUCAUCAAGCAAAGCAGAACACAAAACAAAAAUUCAAAACGAUAUAUCAAUAUUGGAAGCUUUGGAGAACUUAGUUGUAUUGGAUCUCACUAUGAGUGGCUCUUCUGGUACCUUCAAAAUGCAAGGUUCAGAGAAGGUUUCUAGAUUGAAGAGUUUGGAAACUCUAUAUCUCGGUGACAACAAAUUUAAUGGAACCAUUAUCACGUCUUUAAGUGCCAUUCAAUCGCUAAAAGAAGUAGAUCUUAGUAAUAAUCCGUUAUCUGCAUUUCCAACUGAAGACCAAGGUUUCCUUUUAUUUUUUACAGGCUGUGAGAGCUUAUCAAGAUUGGAAAUGCUAGAAACUAUAACACUUCGAAGAACCCAUCUUGACAAGAGCCUUAUAUCUUGUUUAAGUUUCCUCCCGUCCCUCAAGAAUCUUGAUCUUAGCGAUUCUAAUUCUACAAAUUUGGGAAGUUCCUUUCCUAUGCAAGAGUUAUCUAGCUUUAGAGAGUUGGAGUCACUUGACUUGAGCUAUUGUCACCUUGAGUCACUCACAUCAAAUGGUACCAUAAACAACAAGCUGGUACGAUUGAUGUUGGAUGAUAACCUCUUCCAAAAAGACGUCAUGCGAUCCAUCGCUGCUUUUCCAUCCCUAAGAAUUCUUUUUUUGAAUUUUGGAUUAGGAUAUGAUUUCAAAGAAAUACCCUUUGAACUGCCCCAUUUGCCUGACAUGGAAAUCCUCAGGUUGAGAGGUAAUAAUUUCAAUGGAAUGCUACCAAUAGAAGCUUUGGCAUCUUUUCACCAUCUGGAGGUCUUAGAUUUGAAUCUAAACAGUUUUUCUGGAAGUAUCCCGUCGACAAUACAGUCAUUGUCUUCUCUUAGGACCAUCUCAUUCGCUGACAAUUAUCUCAAUGGAUCGCUGCCUGAAUCUGGGUUAUGUGACUUAAAGAAUCUCCAUGAGCUCGAUCUUAGUGACAACAUGUUCAGUGGUAGCCUGCCUGAAUGUUUCAACAGGCUAUCAUCUCUUAAGCUCUUUGAUAUUUCUUCAAAUUUAUUCACGGGAACACUUCCGCCAUCUCUGUUCGCUAAUCUCACAUCUCUCGAGUACGUAGAUUUUAGUAUUAACAAGUUUGAAGAUUCAUUCUCCUUCAGCUUAUUCUCCAAUCAUACAAAGCUUGAGGUAGUUGCUUUUAAAAGCGACAACGACAAAUUUGUGGUCAUAACAGAAGAGCCUAAAGGUUGGAUUCCAACAUUCCAGUUGAAAGUUCUCGUGCUGUCGAAUUGCCAUAUUAACAGUGUUCCUAGCUUUCUACUUCUCCAGCACGAGUUACGGGUGCUAGACAUGUCACACAACUCCUUGGUGGGACACUUUCCCAUUUGGUUGAUAAAAAAUAAUACUGUGCUGGAAUUUCUUACUCUAAGGAACAACUCACUCCACGGUAAUAUUUCUAUGUCAUCAUUAUUAAGGAAUGACCUAAUGGUUUAUUUGGAUAUUUCUGAAAAUCUCGUGAGAGGUACUAUCCCCAGCGAUAUACAAAAGCUCUUUCCCCGUUUAAUAUAUUUGAAUAUAUCCAAAAAUUAUUUAGACGGUGUUAUCCCAUCUUCCGUUGGUGACUUGGGGUAUUUAACGGCAUUGGAUUUAUCUCAUAAUCAGUUGAGUGGAGAAGUACCAACGGGAUUGCUCACAAACCUUUCAAACUUGUUGUAUUUAAAACUAUCAGAUAACAGCUUGCAGGGAGAGGUACUAUCGGGAAACUUAAGCUUCGGUUCUUUAACGAGGCUUCAGUUAGAUAGCAACCUUUUCACAGGGAAGAUUGCAAGUGUGACUGGCGAGAAUAUUAAUAUGGGUCUUUUAGACAUUAGCAACAACUCAUUCUCGGGUAUGAUCCCCCAUUGGAUAGGCAACAUGAGUAAUCUGAGGGAACUUUUAGUGAGAAACAAUAGGUUGGAGGGGCAGUUUCCUUGUGGAACAACUUCAUUCGUUUUUCUCGAUAUCUCAUAUAAUAGUUUCUCAGGUCCCAUCCCGUCCUGCUUAAAUUGGCAUUAUGUGACGCAUCUUCAUUUGGGUUCCAACAGAUUUACUGGAUCUAUACCAGCUUCGUUUAAAAAUUUGACCAGUGUUUUGACUUUGGAUAUAGAAAACAACAGCUUGUCAGGCAGUAUUCCUGAGUUUCUUGGUGAACUAUCCAAUUUAAGGAUCCUUCUUUUGGGAAAAAAUAAGUUUAGGGGGUCGAUUUCAAAGCAGUUGUGCCAGUUACGUAAUGCGAGUUUGAUAGAUUUAUCUAGCAACUUCCUUUCUGGUUCAAUACCUCCCUGCCUGGAAAAUAUUACUGGGGCAACUUACCCUGCUUUCAUACAGAGCAGAUUUUCGAGAGACUCUUUUGGAGCUUCAGUUGAUUUUCGUCCAGACUUCUCUGAGGACGAGUUUGAAACAGAAGACAUAGCUGUGUUUACAAUAAAAAGCAUGCCUCGCCUCUACAAAGGUAAGAUCCUCGAUAACAUGACAGGGUUGGAUCUAUCCUGUAACAAACUCACAGGUGAAAUCCCACCGGAACUAGGGAGGUUGACCCAGAUUCACGUUUUGAACCUUUCUCACAACCAGCUGACUGGACCCAUUCCAGUGUCGUUCUCAAAUCUUUCAAAUAUAGAGAGCAUGGACCUUUCUUCAAAUCGUCUGAGUGGCAAAGUUCCAUCGGAACUAACUAAGCUAAACUCCUUGGCUGUUUUUAAUGUUUCCAACAACAAUCUAUCAGGUAGACUCCCAGACUUGACAGCACAGUUUGGUACCUUUUCCAGUGCAAGCUAUGAAGGGAACCCAUUUCUUUGUGGGAAGCCGCUAGAGAAGCAAUGCACGACUACGACCAAGUCACCGACGAUCAUCGUUCCACCGGCUGAAGAAGGCACUGAAAAAUGGUACGAUAUUGAUAUGGCAUCCUUUUAUGCCACAUGGGCUGUGGUCAUGUUGGGAUUUGCUGCGGUUCUUUACAUGAAUCCUUAUUGGCGUCGAAGGUGGCUAGACUUUGUUGAAGAAUGUAUGUAUAAGUGCUAUUACUUUCUGUAUGAUUUAGUAAGGAAGCCCUCUAUGCUCUUCCGUAACUAGGUCAGGUCUCUUAAGGAAUUGAUGUGUUAUAAGAUUAAAACAUGAUUUCCCUUUGGUUGUAAUACAUUUAUAUAUAUCAUGUCGUGCCUAUCAU